AUGCAAGAUUAUUUGACAGAGGUUUGGGGAUUGAGUCUAACUCGUGCUGCUGCAACUGUCAGCAUUUGGAUCGGGCUUUCUCUGGUGCUGCAGCCUCUUUUUCACUUCUUCGCUUGCUCUUUUUUGGGACACCUAAAAAUGCUCGUCAUUUCCAGCUCAGCCUACACUCUCGGAAUUAUAUCUUUAUACUUGUCAACUCCGCCAGUUCUUGCAAAUCCGUGCAAAAACUACGAGCCAGAGUGUGUUGGUAAGACACAAAAGGCACUCCUCUACACAGGAAUGGUAUUGAUGGCCGUUGGAGCGGCUGGUCAGCGUGUCUCCCUGGCACCAUUACUCGAGGCACAAUACAUAUCCCCGCUACCAGACCAGGACCAAAUAUAUUACUUACCCAAAAUCUUUACUGUCCGUAUGACACUGAUGUGGACGACUUUUAUAACCUAUGGAAUGGUGUCCUCACUUGGAAGAACAUACUUCGUAGACCAAGCAAAGCAUCUGGACCAACCAAAGCAUCUAGGCAAAUGGAAGGCUCCUACUCAGGUGCUGCUGCUGGCUCAGAUAUGGUUAGCCAAAUUACUCUAUUAUGUGAUACGUAAACUUUUCCGAGCAAGUACAGAGAUUUUCAUGGCCAAGCUAUUCGGGGUACUAUGUUGUAUAACUGCUGCAAUAAUGGAGAGAAAGAGGCUUGGCAUUGUUAGAAGCCAUGGCUUGGUGGAUAAACCUGAUCAAGAUAUUCCCAUGAGUGUGUAUUGGCUAUUCUUCCAGUUCAUCUUUCUCGGAUGCAUGGACAGGUUGUUCGAGGCGAGUGUGGAUGGAUUCAUUGAAAACAAACCAAGAAAAGAACGCGGAAUACCUGAUGCAUUGACAAAGUGCCUUGAGAUAUACAGCCAGGGCGCGUACGGGCUGGGGUACAUGUGUAGUGUGCUCCUUGUUUUCGUGGUGGGGAAAAUAAGUGAGAAGGGAGAUAAACCGAGUUGGUUCCAGUCCACCUCGAACCGGAGUCAUUUGGACCACUACUAUUGGGUGUUGGCGGUUUUGAGUGGUACGAGUUUAGUCAUGUUCAGCGUGUGGGGUAUGUAUCAGCGUUGUUUCCGUCCAAGGCACUGA